AUGUCUGGCGAGACAGAUGCCCUGUUGGGCGACCACAUACGCUCGAAACCGUCUAGAUUAUCCAGAGUAUCCCAACACCUGCGCAGCGACCUCGACCCUACGCACGGCGACCUGGUCCUGCUAUUCUGUUACGUCAUCACCGGUCUCCUGGACAGCUCAGCGGUACUCAUAUGGGGCUCCUUCGUGAGCAUGCAAACCGGCAACACUGUAUAUUUCGGCCUGGGUCUCGUUGGCACAGAAGACGAUCGCUGGAUUAAGUCCGGAGUCUCUAUUGCGGGGUUCUGUCUAGGCUCGCUGUGCUUCGCCACCUUCCACCGUGUCUUUCCGGCUCGACGGAGAUGGGUGCUCUGUGCCUCGUUCCUUGCUCAAACCUUGUGUGUUUCCAUUGCCGCUUUGAUCGUUACGAUUUAUCGGCCGGCUCGAAAUGCUCCCUUGAGUUGGUUGGUCCUCGUCCCGGUGGCGCUCAUCGCAUUCCAGAGUAGUGGGCAGGCUGUGACGAGUCGUGUUUUGAACUUUGGUGGCUUGACUAGUGUUGUUCUUACUAGUACUUAUUGCGAUUUAUUUUCACAUCCUGAUUUCCUAUCGACGAAGGUGGUCGGUCAUGCUGAGGAGAUACGGCGGAUUGGCGCAGUCUUGUGCUUGUUGUUUGGGGUGGUCUUGGGGGGUCUCUGGGCUCAUAGCGCAGUGGGGAUGAUGGGGGCUUUGUGGACUGCGGCGAUUUUGAAGUCAUUGAUUGUUGGCGCGUGGUUGGUCUGGAAUGGAAAGAGUGAGGAUGAUAUAGAAUAA